AUUUUCUCAGAUUGUCAAGCUCACAAUGACUGAGUCCAUCCAAGCAACAUGACCCAAUUUGGAUAUUUGAUAUGGAUUUUCUUCUCCUUGUGGGGAAGUGUGUGGACUCUACCUCAUGUGAUGAUGUAUGAAACAGUGACACCUCAGAAGCUGAACAAUUCAUUUCACAUCAUCAGUGAUGCUGCCCCCCAUCAGAUAUACCCUGAUGUAUUGCAGUACUCUCUGAGGAUUGCAGGACAAAACUGCACAUUGCACCUGGAGAGAAACAAGGAGCUUAUUGGAAAAACCUUCUUGGUGACACAUUAUUCCCAGCAAGGCGUCCAGAUAACAACAAAACCUGCUCUUGAGAAUCACUGCUACUACCAUGGACACAUUGUGGGAGUGGAAGACUCUUCGGCCAGCGUGGAACUGUGCUCAGGAAUAAAGGGGUUUGUGCGCCUGCAGGACCAAACGUACCUGAUAGAACCCCUCGCCAGCACUGCAAGUGAACAGCAGGCUGACAGUGGGGCUGCUAAAGUUUACAGCGACAAGGGUCUUCAUGCUGUGUACAACUACAAACACCUGAGAAGGAAGAGGAGCUCCUGUUCCCAUGGAAACAUAACCAUGUACUAUGAUCACGGAGCCCGUCCGUCUGGACUGUUCCAGCUCAGCAAUCUGAGAAGCAGAGCCCAAACCAAAGACAAUGGAAGAAAACCAAGAACAGUAGAGCUCGCUGUUGUGGUCGACUACAAGGAGUACAAGAAGUUUGGCAGUAAAAAAGUUGUGGAGGCCAGAGUGCUUGAAAUAGCAAACCACGUUGACAGGCUCUAUCGACCUGUAGGCAUUCGUGUGAUGUUGGUGAGUCUGGAUAUCUGGUCAUACAAAGAUCAAAUAGAGGUCAGCAGCAACCCUGAGCAAACCCUCAGCCGCUUUCUCGAGUGGCGCCAGCGGAGCCUCCUGCCGAGGACUAAACAUGACAACGCACAAUUCAUCACAGGGGUGGAUUUUGAAGGCACCACUGUUGGGCUGGCCAACACAAAUGCAAUGUGUACCUCUACCUCAGGAGCGGUCAACGAGGAUCAUAACAAUAAUGCAAUAGGAGUGUCUUCCACUAUUGCCCACGAGAUGGGUCACAACCUGGGCUUGUCUCAUGAUACUGAAAACUGCAUCUGUGGGUCUUUGACAUCAAAAAAAGGCUGCAUCAUGGCUGAGAGUGUUGGUGUUGUGUAUCCAGAGUUGUUUAGCAGUUGCAGCCGGCAGCAGCUCACCAGGUUCUUGACGGAGGUCAACCCAGCUUGUCUGCUAGAUACCCCCUCUACUGGUCGUAUUUAUGGGGGGCCGGUGUGUGGCAAUGCCUUCCUGGAGCCUGGAGAGGAGUGUGACUGCGGCACAGUGGAGGAAUGCAUAAAUCCCUGCUGCAAUGCUACUAACUGCAAACUUAACGCUGGAGCCCAGUGUGCUGAGGGUGAAUGCUGCCACAACUGUCAACUGAAAGCGUCAGGCAGCGUCUGCCGGCCAAGGACAGGAAACUGCGACUUGGCAGAAUACUGCAGUGGACUGUCCGCCUCCUGUCCUCCUGACGCCUACGCCCAGAACGGCCUGCCGUGCAACCGUGGGAAAGGAUACUGCUACAGUGGAAAGUGUCCGUCACGACAGCAACACUGCAAGAGGUUAUGGGGACCAGAUGCUGAAGUGGCUGCAGAUGCUUGUUUCUUCCAACAUGGAGGCUGCAGAAAGACCUUUUUUAGCCAAAGAUGUUUGGGAAAAGAUCAAGCAUGCGGGGCACUUUUCUGCACUGGAGGAUGGGAGUUCCCAGUGACAUCGAGGAAGUCGUUCUACAAAGUAGGAAAUGAGGAAUGCAAUGAGGCAACAAUGAAUCCUGAAGACAACUACCCUGCAGAUUUGGGCAUGGUGCCAACUGGAACCAAGUGUGGCAACAACAUGGUAUGCUACAAUCAAAAGUGUCAGGACAUCAGACACAUUAAAGCAUAUGGAACCAAUGACUGUUCAGCCAAAUGCAACAAUCACGGGGUUUGCAACCAUGAGAGCAAGUGUCACUGUGAUCCUGGCUGGGCUCCACCUUUCUGUGAUGUGCUGGAGUCGGACCUGCCAGAAGGAGGCGGACUGGUGCUUAUUGUGUCGCUGGCCGUAGGCUUGCUCAUACUCUUCGUCCUGCUCAUUGGAGGCUUCAUGUGCUGCAGCCGGACAAGACAACCCGCAAAGAGAUGCCUCCAGUCUACCUCAGGACAGACAAAUCCAUUGUUUCGCUCAGGCAUUGCACGGGGCAGCCCUCAUCUUCGUACCACAACUAUCAGCCAGCCAACGUUCGUGGAAUCUUCGGCAAGCCGAAUCUGUAAACCUGUGUCGUGCGCCACGGUUAGAUCAUCGAGUGCGGUGUUCAAGCCCUGCAGAACAGCCCCUGAGCCCCCCAGAACUGUACCUCAGCCAUCAAAGAUCCAACAGGGUUUAAAGCCACUCGUGCAACCACCAGCUGUGCCAAGCAAGCCAGUCUACUCUGAGGCUAGGCCACUACCUCCAUCCAGACCUCUACCGCCUCUUGCGUCAAAAACAGUCACAAAGCCUAAACCUCUGACACCUCCAGUGAAGCCAAAGCCCGCGGUUGUCCCGGCACCGCUGCCUCAUACUCAGAUGCUUGCAGGGAGAGCCGCCCUCAUUCCGCACAACAGGCCCAGAUGACUGAGGGGAACAACUCACAACAAAUCCUCCGACAUUGAUGAUCUUAUCUCACCUACAAGGACUUAAAAAAGUCUUUCAGGAGACGUCAGGUCUGGGGUUCACGUGGGGACGAGAUGCAGUGGAGGAUCAGCAAGAAAGAUACGCAAACAGGACUUUUUUUCUUCUCUGCACCUUGAGGAUUACCGCCGUCUGCCUUCCUUCUUUUUUUUUAAUGAAAACCUGAAAACUGUGAUUGACACGUUGAACUCUUGUGUGCUACACAUGACAAAUGGCUAUGCCGCCAUGAUGAUGAUGUGUUUUAAGGGAAACGUCUUUCCUCGACCCUGAGAUAUGUGAACACUUUGAUGACUAAGAUUGCGCUGCUGAUGCUAUAACUCUUUUGACUUAUUACCAUACACGCACAUUGUUUUGGUACUGCCUUUCCGAUAAGUCGUUUAGGGAUUUUCAAAUGUGGCACCAACGUGGGCACUUUAAAGACUUGUAUGAAUUUGUGUAUGGUUAUUUUUUCUCAUAUUAAUACACGCUGUCAAGGGAUUUUUUUUAUAUUGUACAAUCUAUGCAGCAGUCAUCAUCACAUUGUCCCUUAUAAUAACAUUAAUAAUACUGUCAUUGUUUUCCUUACAAUGACCAUUCAAAUAUCAAUCUGAGAAUAAUUUAUAUUCAUAAAGACUCUGAGGAUAAUAAACUCUAGUGGACAUGCAUACACUCCUUCUAUUAUUUUUUAGUAUUCCGAAAGUGUGUGACUUAAUCAUAAAAGAAAGCUUUAUUCAACAUCACUAGCCAUUCAGUGUGUUCGUGGCCUUGUCUGUUAGUGGCCAUUUUUGGCUAUGAAUAUGCUCAAAUUUUUUCUACUUUUACUGUUUUUAACUAGUUCUUGUAUAGUACAAAAUACCCUCGUGAACGAAAAAAACUUUUAACACAAUGCACUUUGUGGAAAACAGCCUAAAAACAAACAAAAAAAAGAAGUGCUCAUUGUUUUCAGUGCUAUGGUUUUUCAUGCAUCAUUAAGAUCAAGCUUACCGUAUGUCAACAUUGUGCCAUUCUUUGGCUGCAUUGGAGUGCCGUAAGCCAUCAAACAUAAUCUGGUGAAAGAAUAACAAAAAUAUAAUCAAAUUUGUAAGUGUUAUGUUUAGAAAGAAUGAAUUUUACCUAGAUUGGAAGAUUUAAUACUGUAAAUAGCAAGGAAUUUAAAGUGCUCAUGACACCAAAAAAAGUCUGAACAAAAACAAGAACAAAAUGAAAGUACUCACUUAAUAAAACAUUUUUGUCAUGCUGCUGUCAUAGAUAAUAAACUAUGAAAUAGGACUGAAAUGAAGUAGUGAUUUUGACAAGGUUUUGACAUGCCCACUGCUGAGUUUUCUGAACCGAUGCCAUCUUGGCUGUGACAUCACUGCCAGAAUACAUUCUGGGAACCACAUUCAAACACAUGAACUCACAGCUAAGCCAAGAAAGUGACAUAUUCACAACAAUAACACAGUAAUAACAUUCACUGAUAUUGUGUUGUGACAACUAUGAUAUAGCACACACGCAAAAAUGGCCACAAGUAUAGCUGCUUAUUUAGCCCUGGAAUGAAACCCGACAGUGUUCCUAGAAUAGAUCUAGUGUAAUCCACCUGUUUCACACUGCCUGCGUCAUGGCUCGAACGCAGGACCUUCGUAAUGGGAGACGAGAGCGUUGACCGUUGGGCCAAAAGCCUGGACUGUCAACCCAACGUUCAGCACACCUCUUAAGGCCGAGGGAGUGAGGUUUUAUCAACGUACACUUGCGCAGCCACACCAGAUGGCAUCCGUUUCACUGGUACAGAAAAUCUGGAUUUACUUACUGAAAGUGACAGAUUGACUGCAAGAUAAGCUAGAAAGACGAG